AUGGGUAAAGCAAACAAACCUCGAAAAUUUGCACAAGUUAAACGUUUAUUAAAUCCCAAUGAUUCAAGAUUUCCACAAGUUGCAUCAUCACUUUUCUUUAGACAUAAUACAGCUUUAGGUCCACCAUAUCAUAUAUUAGUCGAUACAAAUUUUAUAAAUUUUUCAAUUCAAAAUAAAUUGGAACUUAUACAAGCUAUGAUGGAUUGUUUAUAUGCUAAAUGUAUACCGGGUAUUUUACGAAUACGUCGUUUCAAAUCUUUAUCACAAGUUGCGACUAUAUAA